AUGGCGUGUGAGAGCCAAGAGCGUUCUGAUACCAAUCCAUGUUACUCAACUCCACCACCGCCACCACUAUCUGCUUGUCCAUCUCGUCAAUGGAGCCCAAAAGAAGAUGAUCAAUGCUUUACAUGCAAAGGGUUUGGCCAUUGGGCCAAAGAUUGCCCCAACAAAACCCCAAAAAAAUCACAGGCCUCAAGCCCUGGAUCAUCCUCCUCGCCUUCAGUGCAGGUUCCCGAUUUGCCAGUGGUUCGUUGCCCUUGUGGUCGGGGUAAUUGUAAAGUUUACACUGCUUCCACUAAUAAAAAUACUGGGAGAAAGUUUUAUACCUGCCCUGGUGAUCAUAGAACAUCGGAUAAGUGCGAAUUCUUCAAAUGGACUGAUGUAAUUGCUGCUAGAUUUAAAUCUCCUAUGUGUCCAUGUGGUGCUGGGAUAUGCAGUUUAAAUUUUGUAUCUAGUAGUCCAGAUAGAGACCGAUGGUAUUUUGCUUGCCGGAUCAAGAAGAAUCAUGGAGCUUGUCAGUUUUUCCAAUGGGCGGAUUUUGUAGUGAAUAACAUGCUGAUCAUGCGUGUAGAUGAGAGCAAGGGGCACUCUGUGCCUCGGUCAUUGUUUACUGAUCACCAAGUCCUUCUAAACAAUGAACCAUGCAAGGAAGACGAUCAGAGUUCUGAUAUUGAGUUGGAGUCAGCAAUAUUUGAGAGUUUAGACAAUUCUCCUGAUUCAUCCAUGGCUUCACCUUUCAGAAAAGAUGAAAUCCCUGUUAGGGACGUGGUCAUGCAGGACUUUGAGUCUUGCGAUCUUGUAGCAGGGACAGCCCUUCAAGUUCCCCCAUCGAUACCCAAGUCUGAGAUUCUUUGCCCAGAAUCAGAGUUCUCUUUGCAAAUUUCUGCUGGAGGGCAAACAACACGUGAAGAAGGUUCUACUCCUUCUUUUGAUCCUGUUGUAGAAGUUGUGGGUGAUAUUGAAGGCCCAACUCUCUUAUCAGACAGUUCUUCAAAUGAUGAAGAACGUGAUAUACCACAAGAUCCAUUGCCACAAUCUCUUGGAAAGGAUGCUGAGCAUCCAAACAGUGUUUUUCAGGAGCCUUCGGGGAUUAAAAUUGUGGUGCAGAAAAAUGAUAUUUCAAAGUCAGCCUUGGAAACAUUUGGACAAGGUUUACUCGACAUUUUGCAGUCUAUGGAUCCAACUCAGCAUGAAAAAAUGCUGAAGGUGGCGGAAGCCACUUUUGAUGCCUUGCGCCAUCUCUCAAUCGACUAUGCAUCUUUUUCCAAGGCUGUGAUUGAAUACAUUCAUUGCAAAUCAAAACUUUCUGGAAUUGAGGAGUCUAUGGGCAAAGCUUUUUCUUCAGAACAAUUCCUUGCCAAUUACAAUGAUAAGAAAACUCGGUUUGACAACAUCUCUCAGCUUCAUGUGGAGGCAGUAUCUGCUUAUGAAUCUUCAGAAAAUCGCCUCCAAUCACUUCAUGGAGAAGUUUCACGUGUAAAAAAUGUGCUGCUUCAACUGGAGAAACAAUCGUCUCUCUGUGAGGCUGAGACUUUGAGGCUCAAGUCUCAUGUUGCUGAAAUUUCUGAAGAUAAGUCAGAAUCAGAGAGAAGCUUGGAUGCUGCAUCUGAGAAAAUGGAAGAAGCUUUUAAACUUGAGCAUGAUAGGGAUUCAAUUGUAGAAUCGGCAAAUGCAGCAUUAGAGAAUGCAAGGGUUCAGCUUCUUCAGUGA